UCAAGGCCAGCCUGAACUGCAUAGUGAGACUCUGUCUCAAAAAGACAAAAAAUAAGAUAAAAUAAAAAAGAAGAAUGUCUGUGAUACAGCGGCUGUCACCUGGUUGGUUACUGGAUCAUCUUUCUUUCAUUAACAAGAUAAACUAUCAAAUUCAUCAGCCUCAUGAGCCUCGAGGCAGUCAAAAAGAGUCCACUCCUGUGUGCUUCGAUUCUCUUCAGAUGAAUUCUCUCUCUUCUGUUGGAUUCUCUGCUGCCUUCACUGCUUCUGACUCUACCACAGAGCCAGAGAAGGACGGAGAAAACUGUAGAACUCAGAAAUACGCUUUUCGAUCUGAACUGUUUAAUGUUGUCAAACCUUAUAUAGCUCCAGCUGUCCAUGAAGCAUGCCGACAGAGUAAUGAAAAAGAAGAUACCGUGAACAAUGUUAAACAGGAAACCUCCAUUUCUGUGGUUGGGAAGAAGCGUAAGAGAAGUGUUGUUUUCAAUCAAGGAGAAUUGGAUGCUAUGGAAUACCAUAAAAAGAUCAGAGAGUUGAUUUUGGAUGGCUCCUCACAAUUAAUCCAAGAAGGCCUCAGAAGUGGCUUUCUUUAUCAACUUUUGGAAAAGCGGGACAAGUGUAGCAAUCUCAUUACUUUACCACUGGAUACCUGCAGUUUGUCAGGAUUAUGUGAAAUGGCAAAGCAUUUGCCUUCUCUGAAUGGAAUGGAACUUCAGACAUUGCAGUUGGUGGAAGAGGAUUCGUCUGUUGCAGAGCAGGAUUUAUUUUCACGAUUCGUUGAAAACAACUCUAGCUUUUCAAAAAUGAUUACUUUAAUGGGACAGAAAUACUUGCUACCACCAAACAGCAGUUUUCUUUUGUCUGAUAUUUCUUGUAUGCAGCCACUUUUGAACUGUGGGAAAACAUUUGAUGUAAUUGUGAUGGAUCCACCGUGGCAGAACAAAUCAGUUAAAAGAAGUAAUAGGUACAGUUAUCUAUCACCGCUGCAAAUACAGCAGAUCCCCGUUCCUCAGCUGGCUGCUCCCAACUGCCUCGUUGUUACUUGGGUGACCAAUAGGCAGAAGCACCUGCGCUUUGUAAAGGAUGAGCUUUACCCGGCCUGGUCCGUGGAGGUCCUUGCUGAGUGGCACUGGGUGAAGAUCACAAGUGCGGGAGAGUAUGUGUUCCCUUUAGAUUCUCCACACAAAAAGCCUUACGAAGGUCUUAUACUGGGAAGAGUUCAAGCAAAAGCCACUUUACCAUUGAGGAGCACAGAUGUAACAAUGCCACCUAUUCCGGACCAUAAGUUAAUUGUCAGCGUGCCCUGUGUCCUUCAUUCACAUAAGCCGCCUCUUGCUGAGGUUCUAAAAGACUACAUCAAACCCGGCGGGGAAUGUUUGGAAUUGUUUGCUCGAAAUUUACAGCCGGGUUGGACCAGUUGGGGCAACGAAGUCCUCAAAUUUCAGCAUGUGGAUUAUUUCGUUGCCCUGGAGUCUGGAUGCUGAAGUGACCUGAAAGCCGCGCUUCUUGCUGUGUGGCACGUGGCGCUUCUGCACCCUUCCUCAUUUUCCCUUUUCCCUUUUCCCUAGAAGAACCUGGGCUUCUAGUACUGAUCGGAAAUGACCAGCCUUCAUGUAAUUGUGAGACAGACUUUACUUCUGUGGUAUCAAUACCCAAUACGGUAUUCUAGACCGCAGUUAAACAAGUAAGCAGUUAGAACGGAGGUCUGGUUAAGCUGUUGAGAAGUUCUGACAUCACUGUGGGCCACAGGUUGUAAUCUUGCCCAUGCAUGUGUUUUGUUUGAUACAAACAAACAAACCCAGAAAAUUUUAUGUCAGAGUCCAGAUUUCUGCUUCCCUGAAUAUCAGAAGCUGUUGGUAGUCUAAGGUACGCCAGGUGGUGGUGGUGGCGGACUUUUGCCAGUCUCCGGGUGACCACAGGACGCUUCCUCCACGCUGUCAUUUAAUGGCCCCCGAUGACUUGCACUUGGGCCUGGUGUAAUGUGAGAUUGCGGAGCAGGUUCCCAGUGGCUGCCAAGGACGGCCUCCUGGUAGUGAGGUUAUGCAGCUGCUUUGGAGAAUUGCACUCAGGAUUACUUUUCAAGUACUUCUUAGUUUUGCUAAUUUUUCUAGAACAAAAUUAAAAGUUCUUAGAAACACUGCUUAUAAUUGUGAAAAAGUAUUUAUAUAUUAUUUACAGAUUUUCUACAAGUAAAUAUUUUUCUACUGAGUUAAAAAUUUUUUCUUUCGUGAGGCUGGGGGUGGAAUCCCAGGGCCUUGUUCAUGCCAGACGAGCACUCCACCACGGAGCUACACUCUGGGCCUACUGAGUGAAAUGUUUUGACUGAAAGGAUACUUUGAAAACCAUGCUGAUUUAUUAUGUAUAAUCUUUUUUUAAUGUUGAGGUAGAGUUUUUACAUAAUACAAUUCUCCAAUUUGCAGUAUAGAGUCUAGUGAGUUUUGCAGUGGACAGUUUGUGACCUUCCACCAUAAUCAAGACAGAAAGUCUGCCUAUUUCUCCCAGCCCUCUCGUGGUCCCUUUGUAGUCCAUCUCUUCCCUCCUGGGCCCUGACCAAUGGCGAUUUAAUUUCUGUUGCAAGUUUUGCUGGUUUAACAUUUCAUAUAAAUGGAAUCACACAAUGGUUUGUCUUUUUUUUCUUAGUAAUUAUAAAAAAAGUAUAUUGUUGACAAAUGGUCUACAUAAUUUUAUCUUCUGAAUAAAAUAUUAGAUUGAAAUGACUCUGA